AUGGAGAAACCCAAAAUCACCAUCAACACCUUUUUGCGCUCGCCAGACGCGCCCAACGGCGGCAGCGAUCUCACUCUCAGCGGCACUUCCGAGAAACACCACCACCACCACGAUGACAAGUUGCCGACGGCGGGCACGGUGGAUGUGGAGGACGUCGACAACCACGACCCCGACUCGUCUGAACCCCCACCGGAAACUCUCCUCGACCGCCUCCUCGUCCACGUCAACUUUUACCGAAUCCACUUGACUGCGUUCACGUUUAUUCCUUUGAUCACGUCGGGAGUAUUCUAUGCGUCUAAUGGGCGCUUCAGGAUAAGUUAUCUCGACUCGUUGUUUUUGUGUUAUUCGGCCAUGACGGUUACGGGUCUGUCGACUGUGAAUUUGUCGACAUUGACGCCGUGGCAGCAGGUUAUUUUGUAUUUGUUGAUGAUCGUUGGAGAUAUAACGAUGGUCUCGUGGGUCAUGGUCUUAAUCCGAAAACGCUUCUUCCGCACCCACUGUGAAUGGACGGUCACCAUGAAAAAGAAGAAGGAAAAGAAAAAGGAAGAGGAGAAAGCUAAAGCCAAAACCCAACGGCUCUUGCAAAAGAGUAGGAGUAUGUUCAAGAUGGCCAUUUCGUCGCCGAGGGAUAGGCGGCCGCAGGACCCCUUUGUGCGGAGUGACCCUGGGCCUACGCCCGAGGAGGAUGUGGAUCCUGAUCUUCAUCCCAAGAACUUUGGAGGUUCUAGGGCAAGUCGCAGUGGACACGCGACGUCGACGACGAACGGGUCGAGCAGCAGGCCGAGCUCGAGGAACGUCAGGGAUUUGUCGAUCGUCGUCUCGCCUGCGACGCCGAAGCAUACGAUGCAGAUGGCGUUGCCGACUACGAUUCCUGAAGCGGAGGAACCGGAGACUGGGAUCCUGGUAGGGAGCGCGCUCUCGUCGUCUCCGGAGAUGCAGCUACAGGGAUUGCCGCCUAUCACCCACUCGCCUGUUCAGGAAGAAAUAGAUCUUUCGGAUAAUGGUUCGACGAGGAGGAGCGUCAAGACGGUUGAGAGUGGUCGUGGGUCGGGGGAGUCAGAGAGCCCGGUGUUGGACGUGACUGCGCUUUCGGCGUCACCCAAGUCCGAGGCAGGGAGUUUGCCCAAGGACCAGCAGGAGCCUUCGCCUAUCGAAGGCCUGAACUUGGGCCCGCACACGUUUGGACCGGACGAUGUGGAGUAUUAUGGGUUAAGUCCGGCUACUGGUGCGCAUUCGGCUGGGCUGGGGCUGCAUAGUCAAGGACACGGACACGGCGUGCAUUCGGCUGGCGUGGAUUCGUCUGGAGGGUUUAGUUCGGGAUCUGGCACGGAUUAUGGGGAGGUCAAGUCGAUGGUUUCGGGGAGAACGGUGAGGUGGGAGGAGAAUACCGCCCAGGGGAAUGCUCGAUACCGUCGCCCUGCACCCAAACGCUCGCGCACAGUGAUCGUCCCACCCCGGAGCAGGUCCAACACCCUCCAUUCCCCGCUCUCCGUCAAAGACGAAGGAUUCGGGGGGUUCCCUGGCCCUGUCGACCUCCUCACGCGAUUCGCCCAGCGAGCUGCACCUCGGAAGGUCACCAACGCUCUAACACGUUCCGCGACGAUUCUGAGCGAGAGGGAGAUCAGGACGGAGAAGACGCCGUGGAUUUUGAUGGAGGUUCCUGCGUUUAUUAUUGGAAGGAACUCGGAUUUUAGGACGGAGACGUUGACGGACGAGCAGGUUGAGGCUGUGGGUGGGGCGGAGUAUAGGGCGUUGAGGUUGUUGAGUUAUUUGAUUCCUGCGCUGUUCUCGUAUAUCUUGUUUACUCCGUGGCUUUCGACGACGACGGAGUAUGAUGAGGUGUUUGAGGCCCAGGCUAGGUUUGUUCCGAAGCCUUGGUUUGCUCUAUUCCAGGUUAUGGGCGCUUACACCGGUGGUGGCCUCUCCCUCGUCGACGUUUUACGGUUCAUCAUGUACGCGUUGUCAACCACUUUAUUCGUGAAUUUGAGGAGACAUUUGACGAACAAACCCGUGUACAGCUGGAUUGGAUCGCGGAGGAGUACACCCAACUCUGGAUUACACGUCGCGUUCACGUUCUUGCUUGACCAUCCUCGUCGUACGUUCCACCCGUUUUCUUCUUUCUCAAACGUUGCUCACUCGGCCACCGUUCCCUCCACCACUCUACGGCUCCAAAAAGAUAUCGGCAUCCCAGUCUACGAAGAACUCCCAACUGGGACCAAAGUCAUCGCUGGACUGUUUCAGGGAUUGGCUGCCCGAGCAUCAGGCUUCUCGAUUGUACCUAUCGCGUCUCUCGCUCCUGCGUUGCAGUUUUUGUAUGUGGUUAUGAUGUAUAUCGCUGUCGCGAUGAGUAUCCGCUCCACCAACGUAUACGAAGAGCGGUCCUUGGGUGUGUUCGAAGCUCCACCGGACGACGAGGAUGAGGAACCGGAUGAUUUGCAUAAGCUUGGGAGGAAGGAGCGGGUGGGGAAGUAUAUCGGGUGGCAUUUGAGGAGGCAGAUGUCGAUUGACAUCUGGUGGCUCGUCUGGGGGCUGGCUCUCAUCCUCGUCAUCGAGCGCGAGAACAUCAUGGACGAAGACAAGAAGUGGUUUGACGUCUUUAGAGUUAUCUUUGAGCUUGUGUCGGCGUUUGGUGGGAUUGGGUUGACGUUGGGUAUUCCUACGGAUAAUUACGGCUUCGUAGGAGCGAUGAAGCCUCUUUCCAAGUUGGUCGUUAUCGUCAUUAUGGUCAGAGGAAGACACCGUGGUCUCCCAGUCGCCGUCGACAGAGCUAUCAAGCUUCCUAGAGAGAUGGUCACUGGUCCGCAUAGAAAACCGAGUAUGAACCCGCAGCAGAUGGAGGAGGUGAAGAAGGAAUUUAAUCCUGUUUGA